AUGCAACAUAUUCUGUCUCUGCCCUACAAAAUUAGAGACCCUGGUGUGAACGAAGUAACACUUGGAAUAUACGCUAAAUGUGCCAACAUCCCCCUCAGAACAAACCCGUUCCACAGCACCCCCAAGGAAUCUUUCAAGCCAUACCCCCUCAACUCCAUAUCAAUACCCAACUGCAGUGCUAAUUUCUCCCACUUCUGGAAGACAGUAUCAGCAGCUGCGGCUGAGACUGUGGCUGCAGUUGAAUUAGCAGAGCAGAGAACAAAUCAUUCGGGCGCCUCAUCCGAUUGGGGGGCAGGUGAGCUGAAGCUGACGAAGGCGAGGAGUGGGUGGGAGCCGACGACGGAGUUGCUGCAGGGCUUCAACAAAACAGACGAGGUGACAGGCAGAGUGAGGUCAGCUGCCACCAAAUUGACAGUUGAGAGAGAACCUCUCUCGCACAUCUGCUCGCCCUCUAGCGGCCAUCGCCGUAGCUCAAACCACAUCCAUCUCAUGUUUGUCAUCAUAUCAGCACCCGCACAUUUUGCCCUGAGAUCUGCUAUCAGAAACACAUGGGGAAAGUUAAAAUUCCACAAUGGAGUUGAGAUAUCGCGAGUGUUUGUGCUGGGCUUGCCGGCAGAUGACGACGGAGACCUGCUGUACUCAAACAUAGAGGCUGAGGCUGAUAUUUACGAGGACAUUGUCGUGUUCCAGCUCAUUGACAACUACCGCAACGCCACUCCCAAAACGAUCAAUGGGUUAAACUGGGCUCUGGAGAACUGUGGGAGUGUGGACUACAUCCAGAAGAUAGACGACGACGCCAUGGUCAACGUAUUUGGACUGACUUAUUAUAUCUCGCAUUUUGCACCCAGUGAACGGCUCUACAUGGGCCAGAUCUCGAAGCAGGGCAAAGUGAUGCGCAAGUUCGAAAAGGGAAUGCCGGACAAGUUCAAGAAGUGGAUCAUCGACAAAGACCAGUAUCCACCGGAUACCUACCCGCCUUACGCUCUGGGGGGACCUGGGUAUGUUCUAUCACGUGACGUUGCAAUGCAGUUUGUGGAGGAAGCGUGGCGAACGGAGAUUUUUGUAUUUGAAGAUGCCUAUGUUGGUAUUUUGAACACUAAAAUCAAAAUCAAUCCUGUCAGUCAUUACCUGUUCAAUAACAAUGCCGUGGACAACACUCGCUGCGACUGCCACAAGUACUACGCUGCCCAUUACCUGUCCUCCGCUCAGAUGUGCGUCAACUGGUUUCAUCUACACAGCCAAUUGGUCAAGUGUCAGAUCAGAAAGUGCAAUUUCUAGUCGGCAAAUAAUUGUAUUAUUCAAAUAUCCCCCACUCCUAUCACCGCGAGCAAUGUCCUGGUCCAGCCAGCAACUGUACAUGCAUCGCUCAGACCGCACAAAACUCCUCCACAUCUGUCCUACUCCUCCUCCUCAUCCUCCUCCUCCCUCUCCUGCUCCUGCUCCUCCUCUUCGUCAACGCCUUUCUCCUGUAAAUUGGACUGCUUGAUUCUGCUUUCACAGAUAGGCAGCUCUGUUCUAAUCUACUCUGACUGUUGUCUUUCCUGUUCCAGUAUUCGACGAAACCAAUAGACCGCGAGCAACACACAACAUAGAAGAAAAACAGCCACUAAAACUCUCUAAAUCCCAGUUCUUUUGAUAUAAUUUUUUCUGUAUAUUUUUGCCAGCUUUAUGAAGAUUGCUAGUCACAUUUAGCAAUUCGUUCAAACUUUGAAAA